AAAAAGAAAGCGAAAAGAAUUCCAUAACCUGGUCGGCCCAUGAACUCACGGGUUCGCGGUCGGGUCAACCGGUUCCAAUUAAACCCUUGCAACAAUUCAAAAAGGGAACCCUUUGCCAGAAAAUCCCUCUUAUUCUUCCUCCGUACCUCUCGCACAGAAACAAAAAACACACUCAACGCUUUGGCAAUGAGCAGCUGGAAGUCUUUACUCCUCCGUAUCGGCGAGAAGUGCCCGGAGUACGGCGGAAUUGCCGACUAUAAAGACCACAUUGAGUCGUGUUUUGGCGUUAUUCGUCGAGAAUUAGAACAUUCCGCGGGUGAUGUUUUGCCGUUUCUUAUUCAAUGUGUUGAACAGUUGCCUCACAAGAUUCCUCUGUACGGAACAUUGGUUGGCCUUUUGAAUUUGGAAGAUGAGCAAAUUGUUUCAAAAAUAGUUGCGAAAGUACAUUCCGGGUUGCAGGAAGCUUUGAUUUCUGGGGAUUGCAAUAGGAUCCGCAUAUUGAUGCGAUUUUUAACUGUUUUGAUGUGUAGCAAAGUUCUUCAGCCAACUUCUUUGGUGGUUAUUUUUGAAACAUUGCUAUCAUCAGCUGCGACCACUGUGGAUGAGGAAAAAGGAAAUCCUGCUUGGCAAGCGCGUGCUGAUUUCUAUAUAUCAUGCAUUCUAGCAUGUCUUCCUUGGGGAGGAGCUGAACUUUUUGAGCAAGUUCCUGAGGAGGUUGAAAGAAUAAUGGUUGGAAUAGAGGCGUACUUCAGCAUCAGAAAACAUAUUUCUGAUGCUGGUUUGUCUGUUUUUGAGGAUUUGGAUGAAAAAGGUAGCACCUACAAUGAAAAGGAUUUUUUGGAGGAUUUAUGGAGUCGGAUACAAGAUUUGUCCAGUGCCAGUUGGAAGCUUGAGAGUGUUCCCAGGCCUCACCUUUCUUUCGAAGCUCAGCUGGUUGCUGGGAAGUCUCAUGAUUUUGGGCCCAUUAGCUGUCCUGAACAACCAAGUCCUUCUUCAGCUACGUCUGGGAUAUCCUUUGGUAGACAAAGGCAUGAAGCUGAAUUAAAAUACCCUCAGCGAAUAAGGAGGCUUAAUAUAUUCCCUGCCAGUAAAGCUGAGGACAUACAACCUAUAGAUCGGUUUGUUGUGGAGGAAUAUCUGUUGGACGUACUUUUAUACUUAAAUGGCUGUCGAAAGGAAUGUGCUGCUUACAUGGCUGGACUUCCUGUUCCCUUCCGAUAUGAAUAUCUCAUGGCAGAGACAAUAUUCUCUCAGCUUCUUCUUUUGCCAGAGCCCCCUUUCAAGCCAGCGUAUUAUACAUUGGUCAUUAUUGACCUUUGUAAGGCUCUUCCCGGAGCCUUUCCGGCAGUUGUAGCUGGAGCAGUUAGAGUCCUCUUUGAGAAGAUAGCUGAUUUGGAUAUGGAAUGCAGAACUCGAUUGAUCCUUUGGUUCUCUCACCAUCUAUCGAACUUUCAAUUUAUCUGGCCUUGGGAGGAAUGGGCUCACGUCCUGGACCUUCCCAAGUGGUCUCCGCAAAGAGUGUUUGUUCAGGAGGUUUUGGAAAGAGAAGUCCGUUUGUCAUAUUAUGACAAGAUUAAACAGAGUAUCGAGAAUGCUCCUGCUUUGGAGAAUUUACUUCCUCCAAAAGGUGGACCAAGUUUUAAAUACGGUGGAGAGGACGGUAAAAAUGGGACUGAGCACGAACUUUCCUUGGAGCUCAAUGCAAUGGUAAAAGGAAGGCAAACUUCUCGUGACAUUAUUGCGUGGAUUGAAGAAAGUUUGUUUCCAGCUCAUGGUUUAGAGGUUGCGCUUCGGGUUGUUGCUCAAACUCUCCUCGAUAUAGGAUCAAAAAGUUUUACACAUUUGAUAACAGUUCUGGAGAGAUACGGUCAAGUCAUUGCAAAGAUCUGUUCUGAUCAAGAUCGGCAGAUCAUGUUGAUUGGUGAAAUUAGUUCUUACUGGAAGAAUAACAAUCAGAUGAUCGCUAUAACAAUUGACCGGAUGAUGGGAUAUCGGCUUCUAUCUAAUUUGGCUGUUGUGAGAUGGGUUUUCUCUCCAUCAAAUGUUAAUCAAUUUCAUAUCUCUGAUCAUCCGUGGGAGGUUCUAAGAAAUGCCGUGAGUAAGACUUACAACAGGAUAUGUGAUUUAAGAAAAGAAAUCUUGUCUAUGGAGAAGAAUGUUCUAUCAGCCGAAGAAGCUGCAUCUAAAGCUAGAGAAGAGUUGGAGGCUGCUGAAUCAAAGCUCACGCUGAUGGAUGGUGAGCCAGUCCUUGGUGAAAAUCCAGUCAGAAUGAAGCGGUUAAAGUCAAAUGCUGACAGAGCUAAAGAGGAAGAGUUAUCUGUUCGUGAAUCUUUAGAGGCGAAGGAGGCUCUCCUUGCUAGAGCCAUUGACGAAAAUGAGGCUUUGUUUAUCACAUUGUACAAGAGCUUCUCUAGUGUUUUGGCUGAGCCUCUCCGUGAGGCAUUUAAAGACGAAGGAGUUUUGAAGCCAGAAGGAGAGGCCGAUGAAAUGGCUAUUGAUCUCGAAUCGUCUACUGCUAUGGAGUUGGAUAAGGAGAAUGGGAGACCAAAGAAAAGGUAUCCACUUAAAUAUCUGUGUGGAAGUAAAGGAUUUGACAUUUUAUGUUAACACUUGGUUCUGCGUUUUGCAGUCUGUCUAUUAGGAGAAAAUCUGAUGAUGGCUAUAACCUUGAUGAAAGGGAGCAAUGGUGCUUGUCUACACUUGGUUAUGUGAAGGCGAUUACGAGGCAAUAUGCUUCCGAGAUUUGGUCAUACAUUGAGAAGCUGGAUGCCGAAGUAUUGACAGAAGAUGUGCAUCCUGUAUUACGUGAAGCAAUAUAUAAUGGCCUUCGUCGACCUGUGGAUCAGAUGUAGGGCCAUCGUAGUUUUGCAAGAUAUUAGAUAGCAACGUCUAGGCUGUUGUUCUUUUUCAGUUGGAAGUGUCAUAAUUUGAGGGAGUUAUACAUAGGUUCAUUUCAUUCUUUUGGCUAGUUAUUGAAAAAAACCUGAAUGUGUAGUUCAACAAAAGAGUUUACAAUUUCAAAUACGGAAAUAAUUUUAAACCCUGUGCCACUGUCCAUAUUUGAUGAUUAAAAUCGUGUUGGUCUAAGG